GCUGAUUGGUUGAAUCUACACUUUAAAAGGGCUGUCAUGGCAGCAGUAGGCAUGAAGUGGGAGCUGGUUUUGUUUGGUUGACUGCAAACAGCAAGUGUUCCCAAGCUGUCUGCUUAUCAUUAAAUCUAAUAGAUGGCUUCUGGACUCUUUUUGAGGGUGCUGUUGCUCUCUCUGAUAAACAUCGGUCAGCUUACGUUUGGAGAUGUUUACAGAUUAAGAUCUUACUCUGAACAAGCUGAGCCUUCUCCACGCAGCUACAAUCCCCCUCUCCUCAGAUAUGAUGACUUGGUACAGCAAAGAACUUUUGCUGCUGGUUCAAAGUUCCCUGAAGGUUUUAAACCUUUUGAACCAACUAAAGGUGGGCAAGUAGAUGGUUACAGUCAAAGAGGAAGUGUUCCUAGUUACAGGCCUGCCUCACAUCCUGUCAAAGGGUCUCCGAGUGGCUUCUAUCCAAGAGAACCUGUGUGGCACCCAGAACUGCCCAAAGGUGGAAGAACGGGGUCAAACAUUGUUUCUAGUGGUGCAAUUCUGAUGCAUGCUCCAGAAAAAUCCCCUCAGCAGCAGCAGCUGGGCUCUCCGAACUCUGGUGUGUUCCAGAGCAAAACCGAGAAAUGGGAGGGUACAUCCUUGGAAAUGCCAUCUAAAGGGAUGCAUUCUGCUGCCCAGCCACCUCAGAGGCAUCCAGUACCAGGUCCUCGUGUUCAGGGCAAAGAACCAGGUCCUCGUGUUCAGGGCAAAGAAGGUAUGUGGGACCGUGUCUUUGCCUCCAGUGGACAGUCCCCAGGGAUGUAUCCUGCAUACAAACCACUUCAGAUGCCAAUUGCUCCACAACCACCAAGUUCAAAAAAGAAGGCGGAAUGGAAAACUGUCCCAUCCUCGAACUCCCAGUCUCCUGGGAUGUAUUCCAUGACCUCACCACCCUACAACAACCCAGCUGUAUCACCUCUGCUACAAAGCAAUCCUGGCAUGUGGGAUAGGCGUUAUGCUCCUAAUACAAGGUCCCAAGAGAAGCAAUAUGGUGGACGGCUGCCCUUGACACACCCAGCCUUCUCAACCCCUGCCGUACUACAAUCUAAAGAAGGUAUGUGGGGCAGUGUAUUUGCUGAAACUGGAAAGUCCCUUGAACCCGUAAAACACGACAGUCCCAGAAGCUCUAGGCCUGCAGCUGUUAAGAACUAUCCCAGGGGGCAGCAGCUAAGGGGCGUAGUGGAACAACUCCCUCCAGCCGCAAAAUCGUUCCAGGGCAGAGCUGGUGUGUUGGAUGAUGUUGGCUCAAGUGCAGCAGCAAAACAGACCCUGAGGCUUUCUAGACCAGUACUAGGAUCCCAUUUCGGGUAUGAAGGCCGUCAACCACAACCAGCAUCUGCUCAGAGAAAUCGUCAAGCAUAGCCUUGUGAGUAGAUGGUUUAAUUCACAUUUAAACUUACUUCAAAUAACUAAAUGGGUUCUGUUUUCAGGUUCUGGUUCUCUAAUGGAUGGUUGGUCUGGACUUGACUUCAAUAAAUGGCUUUAAACCUAA